UCUAUUUAAUAUUGUUUCUGUAUGUGUCUAUAAAUGAAUAUUUUAAUCAAUUUUAUUCUAAUUGCCUGGUAAAUAUUUCCUCUCAAGGGUAGGAAGCCUGAUUAUUUAUAGGUUCCUCUUAAUAAUUUGCUUUUUUUUUUACAGUGAAUCCUUCCUUCAUUGUAAGUCAUCCUUGCACUACUUUAUUGACUUUUAUACAUACCAAAGUACAUUUGUGUAGCCAUAAUCAACAUUAUUUAAUUUUCUGUUUAAUAGAAUUAGCUGCUCCAAUCUGCCAUUUUCUGUUCCUGAGUAAAUCUCUUGCGUCCCAAGUCCGUGGUUUCAUCACAGGCUCUAUUCCGUCCGUUGGCACACCGCCUCGGGGUAACGAUGGCCACAGAGUCCACAGCCACUGCCGCCAUCGCCGCGGAGUUGGUUCCCAUCAACAAAAUUGAAGAAGAUGCUCCUGCUCCUUCUACCUCUGCAGAUAAAGUGGAGAGUCUGGAUGUGGAUAGUGAAGCUAAGAAACUAUUGGGUUUAGGACAGAAACACCUCGUGAUGGGGGAUAUUCCAGCAGCUGUCAAUGCAUUCCAGGAAGCAGCUAGUCUUUUAGGUAAGAAGUAUGGAGAAACAGCUAAUGAGUGUGGAGAAGCCUUCUUUUUCUAUGGGAAAUCGCUUCUGGAGUUGGCAAGAAUGGAGAAUGGUGUGUUGGGAAAUGCCCUGGAAGGUGUGCAUGUGGAAGAGGAGGAAGGAGAAAAAACAGAAGACGAGUCUCUGGCAGAAAAUAAUGAUAAUAUAGAUGAGGAAGCAAGGGAAGAGUUGAGAGAACAGGUUUAUGACGCCAUGGGAGAAAAAGAAGAAGCCCAAAAAACAGAAGACAAGUCUCUUGUAAAGCCUGAAACUGAUAAAGAACAGGAGCUUGAAAUGGAGAAGGGUGGAAGAGAAGAUAUGGUUAUAAGUGAGCUUACAGAGGAGCAACAGGAAAAAGUUCAGUCACCACCAGAUCAGCUAAUUGAAACCGCUGAAGAGGCAAAAGGAGCAGCAGCACCAGAAGGACUGAACGAAGCUGAAGUCAAUUCUGGGAAGCCAGAACAGGAAGUACCAGAUACUGAGGAAGGAAAAGCAGUAUCUGGAAUAGAUAUCCAAGAAGAAGAGUGCAGAGAAAAAGGUCAGGAGAAACAGGGAGAGGUAUUUGUGAGCAUAGAGGAAGAACCAAAAGAAGCUUCAGAAGAGCAGCCUGCUGUGACUCUAGAAGAGCAGGCCACUGCAGUGGAGGUAGAAGCAGAACCUAUAGACCCAACGAUCAAGCCGGUGCCUGUGGGUGGGGAGGAACCAAAUGAGCAGGUAGCUACCUCUGAUAAAGAACCAGGGAAGGCUCUUCUUGAGGAGCAGCUGAUAGUGCAAGAAGUGCCGCUUGCUGAAGAGUCACCACAGGUGACACCAGAGGCUGCAGAGGCAUUGGCUGUGGAGGCUGGAUCAGGAGACUCUGAGAAGCCCAGACAGGAGGCCACAGUCAAUGGACUGUCCACUGCAGGAGACCAGACUCCUAUUGAACCACAGACAACUUCUGCAGAAGGACUGACAGAAACAAAAGAUGGCUCUGGAGUAGAGGAGAAGGUCAGGGCAGAGCUGGUUCCUAGCCAGGAGACUCAGCUGUUCAUAGAAGAGUCUGAGACAGCUGGAGAUGGGGUUGAGACCAAGGUAGUCAAGGAGGCUACUGAGAAACCACCUGAAGACAAAGUUAAGAUAGCUGCUAAUGAAGAGACACAAGAGAAAGAAGAACAGAUGAAAGAGGGUAAAGAAACUGAAGGCUCAGUAGAGGAGGAUAAAGAAAAUGACAAGGCUGAAGAAAUACCAAAUGAUUCCGUUGUUGAAAAUAAGUCUCUUCAAGAAAAUGAAGAGGAGGAAAUUGGGAACCUAGAGCUUGCCUGGGAUAUGCUGGAUUUAGCGAAGAUCAUUUUUAAAAGGCAAGAAAAAGAAGCUCAGCUUUAUGCUGCACAGGCACAUCUUAAACUUGGAGAAGUUAGUGUUGAAUCAGAGAAUUACGUCCAAGCUGUGGAGGAGUUCCAGGCUUGCUUAAACCUGCAAGAGCAGUACCUAGAAGCCCACGACCGUCUCCUUGCAGAGACCCACUACCAGCUGGGCUUGGCCUAUGGGUACAACUCCCAGUAUGAUGAGGCAGUGACACAAUUCAGCAAAUCUAUUGAAGUCAUUGAGAAGAGAAUGGCUGUACAAAAUGAGCAGAUGAAGGAGGCUGAAGGAUCAACUACUGAAUAUGAGAAAGAAAUUGAGGAGCUGAAGGAACUGCUACCCUAAAUUAAAGAGAAGAUAGAAGAUGCAAAGGAGUCCCAGCGCAGUGGCAAUGUAGUUGAAUUGGCUCUGAAAGCUACUCUGGUGGAAAGCUCUACCUCGGGUUUCACUUCUAGUGGAGGAAGCUCUUCAGUCUCCAUGAUUGCCAGUAGAAAGCCAACAGAUGGUGCUUCCUCGUCAAACUGUGUGACUGAUAUUUCUCAUCUUGUCAGAAAGAAGAGGAAACCAGAGGAAGAGAGCCCCCGGAAAGAUGAUGCAAAGAAAGCCAAACAAGAACCGGAGGUGAAUGGAGGCAGUGGGGAUGCUGUCCCCAGUGGAAAUGAAGUUUCCGAACACAUGGAGGAGGAGGCUGAGAAUCAGGCUGAAAGCCGGGCAGCAGUGGAGGGGACAAUGGAGGCCAGAGCUACAGUUGAAAGCACUGCUUGUUGAGUGAGGGACAGAGCCUUCCUUCUGAGGGAAAGUGAUUUUGUAUAUAAUGUAUUUUUUCACUUUUGGGGAUUCUUUUUGUAUAACUUCAAUAAACAUUGUAAGCAAAAAAAAAAAAAAAAAAAAA